AGCUGAGAUAACAGGAUCAAGAAUCAAUUAGUCAUCCACAAGCUGUGGGUAUUGAAAAUACCUAAGAAAUGGCAAGGCAGCAAGAUUCCAAGAAGAACAAGGUGAAGGAUGAAAGCAACAAAACAGUACCCUAUUACAAACUUUUUUCAUUUGCAGACUCUUCAGAUUAUCUACUGAUGUUUGUCGGGAUAGUAAGCGCUGUUGGAAAUGGAAUAACUAAGGCUUCAACGAAUAUAGUUAUGGGAGAAGCAAUUGAUGCUUUUACACAAAAUGGUAACACUAAACACGUAGUUCAUGAAGUUUCCAAGGUGUCUCUGAAGUUUGCAGUACUAGGUGUAGCUUCCUUUCUGACAGCUUUUCUACAGGUGGCUUGUUGGGUGUCCACCGGGGAGAGGCAGGCAGCGAGAAUAAGAGGCUUAUACCUCAAAGCAAUUUUGAGGCAAGAUAUCAGCUUCUUCGACAAGGAAACCAACACUGCUGAGGUUGUUGGAAGGAUAUCAGGUGACACAUUUCUUAUCCAAGAAGCCAUGGGAGACAAGGCAGGAAAAUUCAUAGAGUGUGUGGCAUGCUUUUUAGGAGGUAUAGCCAUAGGAUUCAUCAAGGGUUGGCUUCUAACUCUUGUCCUUCUAUCUUGUGUUCCACCUCUUGUUUUCUCCGGUUCCAUAAUGAGCUUUGCGUACGCAAAGUUGGCAUCCCGCGGGCAAGCAGCUUAUUCUGAAGCAGCAACCGUAGUAGAUCGCACAAUUGGUUCAAUUCGAACUGUUGCAUCAUUUACGGGCGAGAAUCAAGCCAUAGCUCAAUACAGUCAAUCCUUAACCGAUGCUUACAGGACUGCAGUGCAAGACGGAAUGGCUGCUGGUUUAGGCCUUGGUUCAAUCCGUUUAUUUAUUAACAGUAGCUUUGCAUUGGCUGUAUGGUUCGGAGGGAAGAUGGUACUAGAGAAAGGCUAUACAGGAGGUGAAGUCAUGAGUAUAUUUUACGCGCUAUUUUUUGGCUCCAUGUUGUUGGGACAGGCUUUUACAAGUUUAACUGCAUUCAUUGCAGGACAGGCUGCCGCCUUUGAAAUAUUUGAAACAAUAAACAGGCAGCCAAAAAUUGAUGCUUAUGAUACUGCAGGUCGACAGGUAGAUGAUAUUUCUGGAGAUAUAGAACUUAGGGAGGUUUGCUUUUGUUAUCCUUCAAGGCCAGAUGAAUUGAUACUCAAUGGAUGUUCCAUUUCAAUAUCAAGUGGCACUACUGCAGCUUUGGUUGGGAAAAGUGGCAGUGGGAAAUCAACAGUUAUUAGUCUGAUUGAGAGAUUUUAUGAUCCACAAGCCGGAGAAGUUCUCAUUGACGGCAUCAACCUCAGAGAAUUUCAAUUGAAAUGGAUCAGACAGAAAAUAGGCCUUGUCAGCCAGGAACCAGUCCUUUUUACUGGUAGCAUCAAAGAAAAUAUUGCUUAUGGUAAGGAGGGGGCAACAGAUGAAGAAAUCAGAGCUGCAAUUGAACUUGCUAAUGCAGCCAAAUUCAUAGAUAGAUUUCCGCAUGGACAUGAUAUGAUUGUCGGUGAGCAUGGUACACAGCUCUCUGGGGGUCAAAAGCAAAGAAUUGCCAUAGCACGGGCAAUUCUAAAAGAUCCAAGAAUUCUACUCCUUGAUGAAGCUACAAGUGCCCUUGAUGCUGAGUCUGAGAGAGUGGUCCAAGAGACACUGGACAAAAUUAUGAUAAACCGAACAACUGUCAUUGUAGCACAUCGCCUAAACACAAUAAGGAAUGCCGAUACAAUUGCUGUUAUUCAUCAAGGAAGAGUAGUAGAAAAUGGUGUCCAUGCUGACCUCAUUAAAGAUCCUGAUGGGGCUUACAGCCAACUCAUUAGAUUGCAAGAAAUUAGGCACUCAGAUGUUACAGAUGACUCGGGAAAGCUAAAAAGCAGCAGUCGUCACUCAUGCAGAAUAUCAAAUGAUAUGCCUACUACACUUAAUCUCUUGAAAACAUCAGAAGGAGAACCUGAAGUUCUUACUCCAGCAGCACCGCAUUCCUCUCCAAAAGUCUCGUUCCUUCACCUUGCUUAUCUUAACAAGCCUGAAAUUGCAGUGUUAGUCCUAGGGACUCUAGCAGCCAUAGUAACUGGGGCCAUACUUCCUCUUGUGGGGUUUCUUACCGCCUGCAUGAUAAAUACUUUCUCUGAGCCAGCAAAUGAACUUCGUAAAGACUCAAAGUUUUGGGCUGCAGUAUUUAUAGCCCUUGGAGCCGCUGGCUUCAUAUUUCAUCCACUAAGGUCCUACUUUUUUGCUGUAGCUGGUUCGAAGUUGAUAAAAAGGAUCCGGCUAAUGUGUUUUGAGAAAAUUAUUCACAUGGAAGUAGCCUGGUUUGACAAAGCUGAGCAUUCAAGUGGAGUACUGGGAGCAAGGCUGUCAAUUGAUGUGGCUUCUAUUCGAACUUUUGUUGGGGAUGCACUAAGUUUGAUGGUUCAAGAUAUUGCUACAGUAGUUAUAGCCUUGGCAAUUGCCUUUGAGGCAAACUGGCAGCUUUCUCUCAUCAUUCUUGUUUUGCUACCACUAUUAUUAGUAAACGGACAAGUGCAACUGGGGUCCAUGCAAGGAGUUGUCACUGAUGCAAAGAAACUCUACGAAGAAGCAAGUCAAGUAGCAAAUGAUGCAGUAGGGAAUAUCAGAACAGUAGCUUCUUUCUGUGCAGAAGAAAAGAUGAUGAAGUUAUACCAGAAGAAAUGUUCAGGGACCAUCCAGACAAGUAUAAGGCAAGGUUUAGUCAGCGGAACAAGUUUUGGGAUAUCACUCUUCUUGGUGUUCUCGGUUAAUGCAGCCGGCUUUUAUGCUGCAGCCCGACUUGUCGAGAGCGGGAAAACAUCAAUCUCAGAUGUUUUCCGAGUAUUUUUCACUCUCAAACUGGCAGCAAUAGCAAUGACACAAUCUGGCUUCAUGGCCCCAGGUGCAAGUAAAGCAAAAAGUGCUCUUGCUUCUAUAUAUGCUAUUCUUGAGCAGAAAUCAAAUAUAGACCCCAGUGAUGAGUCUGGAAUGAUGUUGCAAGAAGUGAGAGGAGAGAUUGAGUUCCACCACGUCACUUUCAGGUAUCCAACCAGGCCUGAUGUGCUUGUAUUCAGAGAUCUUUCCUUGACUAUUAACGCAGGAGAGACAAUUGCUCUAGCUGGAGAAAGUGGAAGUGGAAAGUCAACAGUAAUCUCAUUAUUGCAAAGAUUUUAUGACCCAGAUUCAGGCCAGAUAACACUAGAUGGAACUGAAAUAAAAAAUCUACAACUCAAAUGGUUUAGGAAGCAGAUGGGCCUGGUAAGCCAGGAACCUAUACUGUUUAAUGACACCAUCCGAGCCAAUAUUGCAUAUGGAAAAGGUGGUGAUGCAACAGAAGCUGAAAUUAUAGCAGCAGCAGAACUGGCGAAUGCGCACAAAUUCAUUAGCAGUUUGCAACAGGGUUACGAUACAGUAGUAGGGGAGAGAGGGAUUCAACUAUCGGGAGGACAGAAGCAGCGGGUGGCAAUUGCAAGAGCCAUAGUAAAGAGUCCAAAAAUAUUACUGCUAGAUGAAGCCACUAGUGCACUAGAUGCUGAGUCUGAAAGAGUCGUUCAGGAUGCACUUGACCGAGUGAGGGUGGACAAAACAACAAUUGUGGUGGCUCACAGGUUAUCCACCAUAAAGGAUGCAGAUUCAAUUGCAGUGGUUGAACAUGGAGUCAUUGCAGAGCAAGGAAAGCAUGACACUUUGAUUAACAAGGGUGGUAUCUAUGCUUCGUUAGUAGGCUUGCACACAACUCAUGCUUCAUCUUAGAUCCAUUAUAGCUAUUAGUACCUAUUAUCUAAUGGUUUUUCACAUCGUGUUUGGAAACUCCUUGAAAAUGGAGGAAUCACAUUUAAGACAAACAUCCGUGAAACCAAACACGCUAUCAUUCUAUGUUAAAGGAUCCUUUCUCUAUGUUCUACUUCCUAUAUAAUGUAAUUUUCAGAAAACUCGAACACUCAUUUAAUCAAGGCAGCAUCCAAUGGCGUGCCCCUGUUCCCAUUAACCCUUGUUUCAUAGAAAAUCAAACCUAGUUUGCUUUUCCAAAACAAUUAUCCAAAGUGAACUUGAAAUAUGAAAAAAACACAUAGUUUAUGGAUUAAAUUAAAUAAUCACACUUUAGGUUAAACGAA